AUGAAUUCAAACUUAUUCUUUAUGUUGUUAUAUCUCAUUACAUGUGUUGAAGCGAAAGGUGUGAAUAAAAACAAUGUCGACGCUAUUAGAAAAUCUUAUGAAGAACAUCAAAGUCACAUAUUGCUAAACAAAAGCAGAGCCAAAAACCAAAACGUUUCAUUCAAAAUAACUAAUGAGACCAAUAUUAAAGUGAAGGAUACAAUAUCAAAAAAACCGAUAGACAUGCCGAGAAUAAUUAGUCGUGAACAAAUCAAAAAAUGGGCGCACGAAGUACAUGAGCACCUUUAUGAAAUAGAAAGAAAGAUUGUUCGUAGAGAUGUUUUAACAAAAGGGUUCUCUGAUAUAAAAAUUGAACUUAGAAAUGGAACCAAUAUAUUAGAGAAAGCCGCGAAAGCAUUAGAGGAGCUGUUAGAUAGAAGAGUAAAAGCCGCAGAAGCAAUAAUGAGGCGGGCUGAGGAGCUAUCUGCCUACAAUCUAAAAAAUAAAAUACAAGCUCCGUUAAAUUACACUUUUGAUCACAGUGUGGAUUUAGAUGUUUUAAAAAAGGCGCAGCCAACUGAAAGCAUGUGGGAGAUGGCGACAUCAUGUAAAAGUUUGAACAAAAUUAAGUUACAAAGCAGUUCACAUUUCAACGCCCGGGUUUCCUUGGAGACGAGCAGUGUGCAUGUCGUUGCUGAAGUAUUUGCUUGCGACCCUCGGGUCCAGCAACAUCUUUAUUGGUCUGAAGGUCUACUAGCAACGUUUCGUGAGAACUACGCGCAAGACGCUACCCUGGAUUUUCAGUACAUGUGCAGUGCUAAGGGAUUCCUAAGACAUUAUCCCGCUGCACUAUGGCAGAGUUUAUACAACCUAAACGUGGAGGCUGAAGACGUGUAUGAUUGCCGUCUGCGACCGUGGUACGUGAGCGCCAGCGGAGCCCCACGGGACGUGCUCAUUCUACUUGAUGCUUCGGGAUCUAUGGAUAAUUCAUCUAAUCAAGUUAUUGCGGAGAUUUUCACUUCUACCCUUCUUAACGCCCUAACAGAUGAUGAUCAAGUAAAUGUAUUGCGAUUUCAUUUGGUUGUCGAAUCGCCUAUAAGCUGUUUUAAUGAGAAGCUUGUCCCGGCAAAUCACGUAAACUCGGCAGCUAUGAUGUCAGCGCUUAAGUUACAAAAAAUGUUACAAAAAAUGGUAAACGAGUCAUUAAUUGGAGAUGCUCUAGCCUACGCUGUACAGUUGUUAAAGAAACAGAAAAAUCUGAAACGUCCGCAGGCGUGCCAACAAGCUAUUGUGCUAGUCACUGAUAGUCUCUAUUAUAACUACACAACUUUAAUGCGUCAACUUGACCCUGAAGGCAAAAUAAGACUGUUUGUAAUGUGGCUCCACGAUUUAAACGGCUUACGCGAUUACACACGUUUAUACGGUGACGCAGUGAGUUGUGAACGCGAUGGUUACUUCGCGGAAUUCAUCACACACUCUGACGUCACAGAGCAAGUGAUCAAGAUCCUGCGUGUUUUGGAGCGGCCCCUUGUAGCGCAGCGAAAAAAACGCCUUAGAGUAUACAGCGAUGUAUACGCGAAUAUUGAGGACCCAAGACGUGGAGAAUUUCACUGGGAGCAAAAAGAGAGUGCAGAACAAGUAUACCGGUACAAACAAUUGAGACGGAAUAAAGAAAAAUUCCUGAAAGACGUUAGCAAUAAUGAAUCGAAUAUGUUCAAUUUAGACAAAAAAGGCCAAUACUUCGAAGGAGAGAAUAUAAACUAUAGAUUACAAGUAAGCGUGGCUGUGCCUGUUUUCGAGAGUACAACGGUUGAGAACAUCACGAUUAUGUUAGAUGAGGAAAAGCAAAGAAACUCUACACGAACGUACCCUGUAAAUAGACUGCUAGGUGUUGCUGGUGUCGAUAUUCCGCUGGACCAUUUAAAACUUAUAUUGCCUUAUUACUUGUUAGGCGCAGGUGGUUCUCUCUGCCUUUUGGAUCACCGCGGUAACGUUGUUCUCCAUAAUAGUACGAAACCAGUUUUCGACGGCGAUAUUUUAAGACCUGGUUAUAGAACCGUAGACUUUUUGGAUGUUGAGCAAUCCGCGAUCGACCACUACGCUAGACAUUAUCCUCAGGAAUGGCUCGAUUUCCGCACAGCAUUAGUGAUCGAUAAAGCCAAGGGUUUUAGGUCGAUGUAUGCUAAAAGUAUUUACGAUGGCGGAAUGCGGGUAAUGUUAGAAAUGAGAGAUUAUCAUUGGCAAAGAGUUCACGAUCAUUACACACUGAUUGUAUCUCUGCCAACAUACAACUUAUAUCAUGCGGCGCCUGGUGCACAGUUGACACAGAAGUUGGGAGAACAAGCUGUGAAAGUACUAUCUGGUACUGAUUUUUCCGUACAUCCUGACUGGUUAUAUUGCAGGCACAUAGAACCACGCUUCGAUUCCCGCGAGUUAGAAGUGUUGCACUUCUUGCGACGUCGCAGAGAUGAACCGAACUUUGCUAUGCAAAAGUUGAAGAAUUUAUUUUCACAUAAAGCGCCUACUUUGUUUGAGAAGACUUAUCAUUGCAAUGAAGAACUUAUGGCGCGUUUAAGUCACGAGGCGAUAAUUACGCGGCGCUGGUCACUCGAACACGAGGGCCGAGAGCAGGACUGCGCUACGUGCCGUCUUGGUUCCAUUACGGCUUUCUUCGCUUCAGAGAGCGGUUUAACUCGCUGGCACGUAUACCACGCGGCGAGUUCGCACGCGGCACCUGUGGAAGGGGGGGUGUGGGCGCGCGGCCCGCUCGAGGCGUGGUACCGGCAUGCGUCCGCUGCGCCAGAUACGCUUGUGGUGCAUACGCCGGUACCGCCGGUGGGGGAAAUGAGGAAUACUGAUGUGAAGCCACCGCCUUUAGGUCCACAAUGGCAGUGGUUCACAGCAGCCCGCACUGUGCCUCAUCCUGCUAAACAAGGUACCAUCGGAGUGGCUGGCUAUCACUUCCACCCGAAACAUCUCGACGAUUUUCUGGAAUCCGUCACAAACGCGCACUGUAAUCAUGAGGACGAAACCCAAUGCGAGCCGCAAUGCGACCACAUUAACUGGAGCUGCGUGCUCAUAGAUGACGCUGGCUGGAUCGUAUCUGACCAAACCAAUUCAAAUGAGAGACGCAAACACCUCGCCACUGAACACCCGGUGGUUAUGAAGGCUCUAUUGAAUGAAAGCGUUUUUAAAGUACGGUGGGUACAUGAUUACCAGGGAGUUUGUUUCCCGCCGAAGGAUGAAAAACUGAAGGCAGCUGCUCCAAGACUACCAUCGAUUAUUAUCUCUCUAUGGAGUUCUAUUAAGAUUAUUGUGUAUGCUUCGCAGAAUAUGAUAUACUUUAUGAGCCUACUAAUGACUGGCGCAAAAGCGAUUGGGGAUACAAAGCUAGAGCGGGAAAAGCGCCGUAAACGCUUACAGCGCGACUUCGAGCGCGAGAAAUACGAGCAGCUGUUUGACGAACGAGUGUUGAUUGCCCGUACUCGAGUUGCUACUUGCGAUCGCUCACGACCGAUAUAUGAAUUGCAGUUCCCAAAACGACUGGUUCUUGUGUCUCCUUAUUGA